AUGAGCAAAGCUACCCUGGAUGCGCCUGCAGAGCUUCGUUAUGUCCAGUAUCAUAGCAGCAAAGAAAAGACAUAUCUUUCCGCCAUACGGCAAAUCAUAUCAGAUGAUCUCUCCGAGCCUUACAGCAUCUACGUUUACCGGUACUUCCUCUACCAAUGGGGCGAUCUGUGUUUUAUGGCUUUGGAUGAGGAUGAAAGUCUGAUCGGCGUUGUUAUCUCCAAGCUGGAACCUCAUAGAGGUGGACCCAUGAGAGGCUAUAUUGCCAUGCUCGCCGUUAGAGAGGGUUAUCGAGGGAAGGGGAUUGCCACGCAAUUGGUUCGAAAAACCCUCGACGUCAUGAUCGAACGGGACGCCGAUGAGAUCGCACUCGAGACUGAGGUCACCAAUACUGCCGCAAUGAAGCUGUAUGAACGCUUGGGGUUUUUGAGGAGCAAGCGACUGCAUCGAUACUAUCUGAACGGUAAUUCUGCCUUCAGAUUCAUGCUCUUGAUCAAGGAAAAAUCGGCCGCAUAUGAAUACGAGGACGAAGCACAGCCCCAGUUGCCCAUCCGGCCACCGUCGACAUGA